GGGGCCGUGCCGGGCCCCGGGCCGAACGCUGACGGCCACGUCUCGCCCGCACGGAAGGCCAAGGAGCCCCUGCAGAAGCGGUACCGGGUGGGUUCGCUGCGGGGCAGCGGCGGCUUCGGCCGCGUCUACGCGGGGACCCGCCUGGCGGACGGAGCCCCGGUGGCCAUCAAAUGCGUGCCCCGGGAUGGCAUCCGGCAGUGGGGCGAGCUGCCUGACGGCACCCGGGCACCCCUGGAGAUCGUGCUGCUGGACAAGGUGUCCAAUGGGUUUUGCGGUGUCAUCCAGCUCCUGGAGUGGUUUGAGCUCCCCAACAGUUUCUUGUUGGUGAUGGAGUGUCCGGAGCGCUCUCAGGACCUCUCUCGCUUAAUCACAGCGUGGAGGUUCCUGCCGGAGGAGAUGGCGUGGGGGCUGUUCCGCCAGGUGCUGAAGGCCGUGCGGCACUGCACCAGCUGCGGCGUCCUGCACCGGGACAUCAAGCCCCAGAACAUCGUCCUCGACCUGACCACCGGUGAGGCCAAGCUCAUUGACUUUGGAUGUGGCACGUUCCUUCAGGACACGGCCUACACCCAGUUUGCAGGAACACCAUCGUACAGUCCACCAGAGUGGAUCUGGCUCAAAAGCUACCACGGCGAGGCAGCAACAAUCUGGUCCCUGGGCAUCCUGCUCUACCAGAUGGUCUGCGGGCAGCACCCUUUCUGGAAAGGCAGGAGCACCAUCUGGGGCCAGCUCCCGUUCCCACCACGGGUCUCUCGAUGGUGCCAGCACCUUAUCACGUGCUGUUUGUCCACCCGCCCCUCGGACAGGCCAUCGUUGGAAGACCUGUUCUGCCAUCCUUGGGUGCAGGGUGUUCA